GAAGGAAUUCAAGCAUGCGCCUUCAUAGCGUUUAGUGAAUACGCCCGCUCGACUGACUGUGGCAACGCUUGUGUUGUGCCUGGCCAGUUCAGAAGUUGCCAUUGGUGAGCGUAGAUUAGAAAGGGGUUCUUCUCGGAACGAAGCAGGAGAGAGUACCGGACAUCAGACGUCCAACGAGUAAAUAUGGAAGGAAGUUCUGAAGAUGGCACACAAACCCCGAAAUUAUUCGUCGACAUCGAUGAAGCUAUGCAACCGAGAUAUUGUUCUGACGAAGUGGAGGACAUCAAGCGAAUGCUCACUCUCACAGAAAUAUCCAUAGACAGUAUUUUACGGAGACGCAAGGAAGAGAGGUACGCCAGAUGCAAACCAUCGAACAGGAUGUGUCUCUCGUCAAAACAUGGUUCAGCUGAAAGGGAUCGCGGCCUGAAAUUCACAUCGCAGGAGGGGAAAGUUUAUACUUUGGAAUCACUGUUGACGGAUCUGGACACAUUAUUAAUACUUCUCGAAGUUGAUGGAUUAUGUACACGGAUCAAUCUUGAAACUACGCAGUUUCUUGAGCAAGACGUCUCAGAAAUUGAAAGCGUUGCCGUGAAACUCUCGGAGAUGCAUUUAAAAGUUCCUGCCAAUAUAGCUGAAAUCGGAAGGAACGCCGAUUCGGUACUGCCAUUCUUAGAAGAUCCUAGUACCGCACUAAAAUACAGAGACGAGGUCACAUGGAAAACAUUUUGGGCUGUAGACGAAUUGCUGUGUAUUGCCGAACACAUCAAAUCAACUAUCGACGCCUCACUUGAAAGGCUAAAAUUUGCCGUGGAAUACAGAAGACUUCUGAAAUCCAUGCGCCACUAUCUAGUCCGCUCCAAGAAGUAUCCCCACGAAUCAUUACGAAUAAAAUAUGUGUUCGAGGACAUGGCAAAGAGUAAGAAGGAUCAGGCACGCAUGGGCAUUGAAGUGCAUGAAACAGCAACGCGCAUCGCCAAAACAUUGGUAGGAAUCGCUGCUCAAAUAUCUGGGCAGGUACUUCAAGGCACUGAUGCAGACAGAAAACUGUCAGCCACAUUGCUGGAGAAACACAAUACGGAAAUGAAAUCCACAACUCUGGCGGAGACUAAUUUUAGUGGGGCAGCAAAUUCCGUACGUGGAGUCCGCACACAACUUCCGGACACUGCAGAAGGAACAGCGGUCACUGGGCUCAAGGGCUCGAUCAGAACCACUGCGGAGUAUGCACAAGAUGUAGCCGAGGCACGGGAUUCAGCUCAUGAAACCAUCACCUUCGAAAAUGAAGGAGAUGAUAACGGAGAAAUCGCUCCGAAGAAUGAGUGUGAGGGCAUUGAACCAACCGUUCUAGAGGGUGGAGAAGUCGAUGGAAAAGAGACGGAUAAAAAGGUAACCAUCAAGGAUCUUAAAAACCAUGCAGACGGAACUGUUUUGAAAGAUUAAUUGAUUGUUAAUUGGUUGGAAAUCUCCCAGAUAAAUCACACCUUUAUCAACGAGUCUGGCCGGUCGAAAAAAUGUGUGUCACAGGAAAUCAUUCGGAAACCGUAGAAGAUUAAUUGAAAACUGAGAAAAACAUGACCAUCUAUCUAUAAACUUUCCAUGAACCACAUUCUGAAACGAGUCAGAUUUAAG